AUGUCUGUCCUCUCCAUCCUCCUGGAUGGUGAAGUAAUACACCCGAUGGUGUUACUGCCACUUGCAGCUGUAGCCAUGCUCGUCGUAUAUACACUCUUUUGGGCUAUUUACAACCUUUUCUUCCAUCCUCUUAGCAAGUUCCCUGGUCCAAGACUCUGGGCCAUCUCAACCAUUCCCUACAUUCGAAAACUUGCAGGUGGUGAAUGCCACUUCACGAUACUUGAGAUGCACAAGAAGUACGGCCCUAUUGUGCGAGUCGGUCCAAAUGACCUUUCUCUCAAUCACCCAGACGGAAUGAAGGCCCUUCGUGGCCAUCGCAAGACCGGAACUGGGGAGAACAGCAAGGAACCGAUUAGCACAUCAAUGAAUUUCGACAACAUCAUCGGCGCCGAUCGAGAAAAUCACCAGCGUUACCGUCGUUCCCUUGCCCACGGCUUCUCCCAGCAGUCCAUGACGGCCCAACAGCCCAUCAUCCGAGGAUAUGUUGACAAGUUAAUGAAGGGACUGCAUGCAGUAUCCGACAAUGGUACAAAGCCUGUUGAUAUUGCGACCUGGUACAACUUCACCACCUUUGAUAUUAUUAGCGAUCUAGCCUUUGGUGAGCCUUUUGGAUGCCUUGACACCGGGAAGAUUCAUCCUUGGAUUACCCUCAUGUUCUCAGGCGUUAAGGAGGUGUCCUUCACCACCGCUAUGGCUCGCACCCCUUGGCUCAACAACCUUUGGAAGCUCGUCACUCCGAAGCAAUCAAUGACCAAAUGGGCAGGGCACGUGGAAACGGCGAGGGAAAAGGUACGCAAGAGACUGGCGUCUGAAGAGAAACGCCCUGAUUUUAUCGAGGCCAUGUUGGAAAGAACAGGAGCAUCUGGAAAUCAAAUGACUUUUGAAGAACUAGCCUCCAACGCACAAAUUCUCAUCCUUGCUGGUUCCGAAACCACCGCGACGGUACUCACAGCAACAACCUACUUCCUGGCCAGCAACCCCGAGACUCUGAAGAAGGUCGUCAACGAAGUGAGGUCGGGAUUCGACUCCGAAAACGAGAUUGAUAUGCACAGCGUAAAUAAAUUGACCUACAUGUUGGCCUGCCUGAACGAGGGUAUGCGUAUGUUCCCACCUGUCAUCAACGGAACAUUGCGCCAGAUUCGUCCCGAAGGAGAUGACAUUAUCGGUCACUAUAUUCCCGGUGGAGCUACAGUAGAUAUCUGGCAAUGGGCUGUUCAUAACAACCCAGACCAUUUUGCACUUGCUGAUCAGUUUGUCCCUGAGCGCUGGCUAGAGAAUAAUGACCCGCGCUUCGCAAAUGAUGCAAAGCAGGCAGUGAACCCCUUCUCACUGGGCCCUAGAGACUGCAUUGGCAAGAAUCUGGCAUAUGCCGAGAUGCGCAUGAUUCUUGCCCGCGUUCUCUGGAACUUUGAUGUUAGCCUGCAUCCUGACACUCCAGGAUGGGACAAGAGAAUAAAGUCUUAUAUCAUUUGGGAGAGAGGAGCCAUGAAUGUGAUGCUCACUCCCCGAGACACUGAGUAA